AUGAGGGCUCUUGCACUGUGCGUUGUGGUAGCUGUACUGACGCUAUACGCAUCGUACGUUCCGUUGCUGUCCGCGUCCUCCCGGGAUAGCCAGAGCGCCCAGCGGGUACCCCUCGCUGCCCAAGACAUACUCCGCCAGUGCGCAAACCUGCGUGCUGUCCCGGGACCGCCCGCAAACUUUCGCGAGCGUGAGCGCUCUGAUCGUUUCGAACUGGGGACGCGGCCUACGCUCAUCAAGAACGCCACGCUGUGGACGGGGGCGCGUAACGGCAGCGAAAUUGUCUACGGGGACAUCUUCCUCGACAAGGGCCUCGUUCGUGGCAUCGGGUACAUUCCGGAGGCUCUGUAUGCGGAUCGCGAGACGGACGUUGUAGAUGCGCGCGGUGGCUGGGUGACACCUGGAAUAGUGGAUAUCCACACUCACCUCGGUGUUAUCAGUGCACCCGUCACGGCGGGUGCACUCGACUUCAGCUCUGCGCAUGGUCCUAUCGUGCCGUGGAUGCGCAGCAUCGAUGGCUUCAAUACGCACGACGACGCCAUCGCGCUUGCUGUGGCGGGAGGUGUGACCUCUGCACAGAUACUGCCAGGAAGUGAAAAUGUCAUCGGCGGACAGGCCUUCAUGGUCAAGCUGCGCAAGACUUCUAUGCGGACCCCAACGUCGAUGUUGAUCGAACCUCCGUACACGCUAAACGGCAGCACGCCCGACCCGAACUUGCCUGCGCGCUGGAGGCACUUGAAACAAGCAUGCGGAGAGAGUCCACGGGCAUACGGGAAUCGCAUGGACACCAUGUGGUCGUUUCGCUCGGCUUACGCGGAGGCGCGUAAGGUCCGAGACGCGCAAGAUGCCUUUUGCGCCCGAGCGGAAGCUGGACUGUGGAAUGAGAUCCAGGGCCAAAGCUACCCGGAGGAUCUGAGGUGGGAGGCCCUUGUGGACGUCCUUCGUGGCAGAGUCAAGGUCUCAACGCACUGCUACGAGCCAGUCGACCUCGAUGGUAUUGUCAGGCUUACACAAGAGUUCAAGUUCCCCAUCGCCUCUUUCCAUCACGCCCACGAAGCGUACCUGGUACCAGAUGCGCUGAAAAACACUUACGGAGGCAUUCCCACCCUGGCCCUCUUCGCUGACAGUUCGCGAUUCAAGAGAGAAGCAUACCGGGGCUCGAAGUUCGCGCCCCGAAUCCUAGCCGACCAUGGGUUCCCCGUAGCAAUGAAGUCGGAUCACCCUGUUCUCAUCAGUCGCUAUCUGAUGUUCGAGGCCCAGCAAGCGCAUUAUCACGGCCUCCCGCCCCACCUCGCUCUCGCCUCCGUGACGUCCGUACCAGCCGCCGCGGCCGGACUGUCUCACCGCAUUGGCAUUCUGAGGGAAGGUGCAGAUGCGGACGUCGUCCUCUGGGACUCGCAUCCCCUGCAACUCGGUGCUACUCCUCGUAAAGUCUGGAUCGACGGCAUCCUCCAAGUCGGCAACGACACCGACCACAUCGCCGUCGGCCCGGGCAAGACCGCGGCAGAGUGGCAGGACCCUCCAGAAGUGCCGGACUUUACAGCGGAGCGGGAGGCGGAUGUCAAGUGGGACGGACUCGCUCCGCUCACGAGCAACCGGACUGUCGCGGGGCGCGUCGCGUUCCAGAACGUGAAGGAGGUCUUCCUGCGCCAGAGCGGCGACUCGGCGGGGCUCGUUCACCACCAGGCUCACGAGGCGGCCAUGACCCACGUCAUCGUCAAUCGCGGGCGGGUGUCGUGCGUUGGGCCUGUGUGCGAGGGCGAGGGAAGAAAUGCCGAGGUCAGGAUCGAUUUGCGCGGCGGCACGAUUGCCCCAGGGAUGAUAGCCUACGGUUCUGCGCUGGGCAUUGAGGAGAUCCAAGCCGAACCGUCCACAGGAGAUGGCACCCGGUACGAUCCUCUCUCACGGGACGUGCCAAAGAUCUUGGGUGACGUCGGGGCCGUGGUACGCGUGGAAGACGCUCUUAUUUUCCAAACAAGGAAUGCACUCGUAGCCCACCGCGCGGGCGUCACGUAUGCCACAACGUCGUUCUCGAGGUCUCCAGUCUUCCUUCGCGACCAAUUCAUGGGCGGCCUCUCAGCAACGUUCCGCACCGGCGCACCGCAUGCCCUAGACCGCACCGCGAUUAUCAAGCCUAUCACUGCGUUGCAUGUCUCUAUUGGUAGGGCGCCUCCCAUAUCCUUUGCCCCAUCAGCUGCCAGUCUCAGCACAGAGAUCGCUACACUGCGACAUUUGUUGCUGGAUGGCGAAGACACGCGCACGCAGACGGGAGACUGGUUCAAAAAAGCGGCUGAGGGAGCAAUUCCGCUCGUCAUUGAGGUCUCGAGCGCGGACAUCAUGGCUACGCUGAUCCGCCUCAAGAGUGAGGUAGAGGAGAAGCGGGGAACAUACAUGCGCAUGGUCUUCUCACGUGCAACCGAAGCACACCUGCUCGCCGAAGAAAUCGCUCAUGCCAGGGUUGGUGUCAUAUUGACUCCUUCCAGGCAGUUCCCUUGGUCGUGGGAUGACCGCAGGAUCCUCGCCGGGCCACCAUUGACUAACGACACCGCGUUGGCUACCCUGAUCAAACACGGCGUGACGGUCGGACUAGGAACCUGGGAAGCCUGCCAUGUCCCGCUCACCCGCUUUGACGUCGGAUGGGCUAUCCUGGAGUCAAAUAACUGGAUCAACAAGCGACAGGCGUACGAGCUUGUUUCCACAAAUCUGGAGAAGCUGCUUGAUCUGGAAGGUUGGAUCGGCGACAUGGGCGACCUGGUGGCAUAUGAGGGCGGCAGUGCGCUGGACUUCACGAGCAAGCCCAUCGCAGUCGUAUCCCCUGCUAGGCAGCUUGUGGAAAUACUCUGA